AUGAAGGCAGUUAAUCCAAAAAUAACUUCCUUUUUUACAAGUAAGGGUAACCUUGGAGUUAAAAGGCCGUGUGAAGAUGAAGAUUCUGAUUCAGAAAACUCAAAAAAUAAUCAGCCACAGGUACCUAUUUGUAACGAUGUAAUUUCAACCGAUAUAAGUUUGUUUGUCAAUCGACGUCUAUCUGACGAAGAAAAACUAUUGGUUUUAAAAAAUGUAUGGAAGCCCCAAAAAAAUUAUGACUUUCCGUUAUUGGAACUUAAUAAAGGCAGGAGCUUAAAAUUUCAGUAUGCAUGGCUUGAUAAAUAUUCUUGGCUUGCUUAUUCUAAAGCUUUAAAUGGUGCUUUUUGCAAGUACUGCGUAGUAUUUGCUGGUAAUACAGGUGGUGUUGGAAACCAGCCUUUGGGAAAUCUUGUAAUAUCUCCUUUCCAGCAGUAUAAAAAUGCACAUAGAACUUUAGGUAUUCAUCAAGCUAGAGAAUAUCAUAUUGCUUCAGUUACUGACUCUGAACAUUUUAUUAGAAUAAAAGAAAAUAAUCAGCCGACAAUAGUUGAAAAAAUAGAUUCUAACAGACGUGCUAAAAUCAUCGAAAAUAGAAAAAGACUGAUUCCGAUCAUAGAAUGUGUUUUGUUGUGUGGACGUGAAGAAAUUCCAUUGAGAGGGCAUAGUGACUAUGGGAGAAUUAUUGUUGAUGAUGACCAUGACGGAUCUAGAGAAGGCAAUUUCCGUGCUAUUCUUAAGUAUCGAGCCAAAGGUGAUCAGUUUUUAAAAAACAUAUUAGAGGGUCCUGGUAAAAGGAAUAAGUAUAUAAGCCCAAUUAUUCAAAAUAAAAUUAUAGAAUCAUGCAAUAAAAUUAUCAUAAAAAAAAUUGUUGCCAAAGUAAACUCUGCUAAAUGUUUUUCCAUCUUGGCUGAUGAGACUACCGACAUAUCAACAAAAGAGCAGCUGUCACUUACUGUACGGUAUAUUGAUGAUGAUGCUAUUCUUCAUGAAGACUUCCUUCAAUUUUAUGUAAUUGAAAGUUUAACUGGGUCCGACCUAGCAUCCUCUAUUUUAAAUGCUUUAAGUAGUUGUGGUAUCGAUUGUGACUUCCUUUAUGGCCAGGGUUAUGAUGGUGCAAGCAACAUGUCGGGAAAAUAUAAUGGUGUCCAAACAGUCAUAAGACAAAAAUAUCCAAAGGCGUUAUAUCUACAUUGUGCUGCGCAUAGUUUGAAUCUUGCUGUAUCUACUUCAUGCAACAUCAAAUCAAUAAGAAAUUGCUUAGGAGUAGUUGAAAAACUUUAUGUAUUUUUCAAUACCCCUAAAAGGCAAAAUGUACUGAUAAGUGAAAUAGAGAAAAGUGAUACAGAGUUUCGUGUCAAAACCCUUAAAAGACUUUGUGUUACCAGAUGGGUAGAAAAAUAUGAUUCUCUGAAUGAUUUCUAUGAACUAUUUCCUGUUGUAGUUAAAGCACUUGAUACAAUUUGUUCAGAAUGGAGUGAUACAACAGAUGCAAGUAUCCUUAAAAAAUGUAUACUUGAUUCUGAGUUCCUAAUUGCCUUAAGUGUCACAAAGUUACUUUUUUCUUUUGGACUUCCACUAUGUAAAUGA